AUAGAAUCCCUUCCCAUUCCCAUUCUUCUCAGCCCUUGCCAAGCUCAGUUCCAUCCGUGCCUUGGCUUUCCUGAUCCCAUCCCUGCACAUCCGGACAGCAUCCCUGUACUUUUGCCAGGCCACAUGUCCCUGCUUCCACUGCCUGUGUAUUUCCCUCUUGUGCCUCAGUUUGACCAGCAGGUCAAACACAUAGUACAUACAUAUGUGUCCUAUCUUCCCUUUUGAAUGUUAUGAGUCAGUACAUCUUUUGACACGUUGCUUUUCAAAUAGCUGUGGGAAAGCAGGUCUUGCUGCACACAUACUUUGAAGAGUACUACUGUACGGUUCAGUGUUGGGUUUUGUAGGUGAAACUCUAUGGCCUGUGUUUCUUAGGAAGGCAAUAGCAGCCCUUUGUUCUUUGGGAUUCCUCCACAAUAAAAUAUAUUAAAAGAAGAAAGUAGCAUAGAGUAAAAAUAAUAAAACACCCUAUUGAUAAGAGGCUUGUGAGGCUGGGAUUGCUCCAAGGAUGGCAUGCUGCUUGGAACUCUUCUAAAGAAUACAAAAGCACUAGACAAAGCACCAGAUCCCUCAUAAAGGUGUACAAGAUGUAUGGAGCUGUGAUGGGUUUUCUUCAUCUGAAAUUUGCAGAUUUAUGACUGUGAAGUAUGUUAAUUAAAUCUCAUCCAAGAGAUCUGUCCCAAGUCUGGUUGUUUAGAAAUGUGCAACUCUUCACUGAGAGCCUUCACGAAUUAGGAUUCUUUUUAUAUCCAGAAAUCAAUCUUUACUUGGGAUUCAUUUCCCAUCACUUUUGCCAUUUAAGCCUGAGCUGCUUAUUCCCCUUCCAUGGAGAGAGGUGGAGGGUACGUUAUCUGGUCUUCUAGAAUCCGCUUUGAGAAUGAAAUGAAUGUCCUCUGAAUAUGCCAUGCCAUUGUCUGGAGAUCAUGACCAACUCAGAUAUAUAAACCUUGUAGCAGUGUGACUUAAAGCAGAGAAAUCCCACCUUUUCUCUUAGAAGGCCAAAAUAAGUUGAUUUUCUUAGUGUUUAUCCAUCACUGUAUUCGUAUAUUAACAAGCUUGUGAUAUAUUAGCAAAAGACAACAGAGAGGGCUUUAACUUUGACUCAGUUCUCACAAUGUGUGAGUUUUUUUUUUUUUUUUUUUUAACUUCUGAAAUCAUUAGUUAUGAGUCAUUUCUACAGGAAAGGUUGGGUCAGAUAGGAAAGGAGCUCAAGGCCUCAGCGACUCUAGGCAGGGGGAACAUGUGUACCUGUGUGUGGCAGCAAUUUGGCUGUUUGGCUGGAGUAUGAAGGAUGUCCUUGUGGGGCUCAGUGAGGCUAGGAAUGUUCCCACAUAGAUUCUGCAGAGUUCAAGGUGGUUAUGGGAGAUCCCAAAGGGCAGUUGUGUGUGAUUUACCAAGCCACACAGAGCCCUCACUGAUUUAGCUACAGACUUCAAGGGUCCUGAAGAUCCUGGAGAUGUUUGCUACCACAUCAUAGGAUGUCUUUAUCUUAGAAGUUGUCCUGUAUCCCUUGCUUCAAGAUCUUUCAACUGUUCCCUAUUUGAUGCCUGUCAGAGGGGUAAUAAAUAUAAUAAAUAAAAUAACUACUCUUGAGAGACAUCAAAUAAGAUACAGGACAUAGGAUACCCCAAAAAAGUUUUGAGAAAAAAUGUUUCAACACCCAAGGAGCAGAUAUUUGGUGCCAUAAUCAGCUGAGAUUGUUUUGGGGAGUCUCCCAAGCACUGAGAAUCCCACUGUCUGUUUGGUGUUACAGACUAGGUCUCUCUCUUCAAAAGACGACUUAUCAGGGCAGUCUGGCUGUUUUUGAGGAAACCAGGUGGAGUACAUUGCAAAAUGCUUCUGGUGAGGAUGUACUGUGGAGAAAUGAGUUUUAUGUGACAUGAGGUGCACCUGGGGGCCCAUCAUUUCUAAUUUGUUGGGUUUAAAUGUUCCCUACGCAACAGACAGUUAACCAGAGGGCAGAGGAACCAGCUGCCACAGUUAAAAUUUUGGAACCAUUAAUUCUAAAUAUAAAUCAAAGGUGAGCUCUCAUCAGAGCAGCUUGUUUGCUCUGCCUCUGAGUACUCUGGCAAUGAGGUAAGUCCUGGUUAUUGUCUCCUACAGAGGAAGAUUUGGAUAGUUGGCAGGCUUUGAAGCCUAUGAGAGAUCUCCAGUGACCCCAAGCUGCUGUUGAGUGGAACAGUGAAUUUGGCACAGAAGACAGGAUGCAAAGACAAGUGAUCUCUGCAGAUGCAGUCUUGGGAGGGCCCUUAAUUCCAGACAUAUGAGAAGGUUUAUGGGGAAGGCAACAUCUCAGAAGGUCCCUUUGACCUUGAAGGCAUGUAUUCUGGGAUUCUUCUGCCACGAGAUCUACCAUUCCCUCACCAUUUUCAGAAUUAAUUACUGAGUUCAAUUUUCAGUUUAAUUCAAAGAUUUGAAUUUUUCUUUAGAAAUCAGGUUCUCCUCUGGGAUUCUGAGCAGCCUCUGGCAUCAAUGACUCUUGGGAUAGUGCCUCAACAUCCCUCUCCUGCUCUUUGUGACCCAUGGGCUCUGACAGUGUAGCCUGAGGGUCUAAUUCUUGACUCUUAAUUCCCGCCAAGCUCUUCACCAAGCAUUACCAGGUACAGACAGAAGGGCAGGUAAUUACCUAGCCAUGGUCCCAAAUCUGCAGGAACCAACUUCGGGAGGGUGAUUUGGUGGAACAAGUUAGUUUAAGGGUGGUUUAGCUGCAAUAGUGCAUCCCUUCCCAGGAGUCUGUGCCCAUAACCCCUGUUCUUCCUGUUGUAGAUUCCAUCAGACCAUGCCAGGUCACUGCCCAGGGAGAUAAUUUAUUCUCAGAAGUCCCGUCUUUGAGGGCAAGGGCCUCUCUCUGCAAGCAGUAGUUCACUGAACUUGAGCCACUACUGCCCUUCAUGAUGCAGCUUCCUAAGGACCCGGAGGGUGUGAGAGGAGAGAUUCAACUCUACCUAGAUGACAGCUGAUUCUGCAGGAAUAGAAUAAGAGGGAGGAGAGGGAGAUCCAGCUCCCUGACCCCUCUGCGCACCUGCCUUUGGAGGGUGAGUUGCCGCUCUCCAAAGAAAGUGUAACAUAACAGGAAUACACAAAGUGUUAAGCACCCAGACUGAGCAAAGCUUCUACCUAAAAGGAAUAAAAAAUAAACAUGGCAGAAUUUACAGGUUAUAAGGAGACCUCAAAUCGGCAUCUACGAUUCAAAUUGCAGAGUCUUAGUCGUCGCCUUGAUGAACUGGAGGAAGCAACCAAAAAUCUCCAGAAAGCAGAGGAUGAGCUGCUUGACCUCCAGGACAAAGUUAUCCAGGCAGAAGGCAGCAAUUCCAGCAUGCUAGCUGACAUUGAAGCCCUACGGAAAAGAGUGCUAAAGAUUGAAGGCAAGGAUGAAGAAAUUAAGAAAGCUGAAGAGCUUUGCCGGUUAAUGAAAGAAAAACUUCAAGAGGAAGAGAGCCUCACCCGAGAACUGAAGUCAGAAAUUGAACACCUGCAGAGGAGAAUGGCAGAGCUGGAGAAACUGGAGGAGGCCUUUGGUAGGAGCAAGAAUGACUGCACACAGCUGUGUCUUAGCCUCAAUGAAGAAAAGAAUUUGACCAAAAAGAUAUCUACAGAAUUAGAAGUACUUCGAGUGAAAGUUAAAGAACUUGAAGCAUCUGAAGACAGGCUGGAUAAAACUGAGCAGAGCUUAACGGGUGAGUUAGAAAAACUGAAAUCUUUAGCACUAACCUUUAUCAGUGAAAGAAAACAUUUUAAUGAAAGAGAAAAGCAGAAUGAGAAAAUAAUCCAGGAGCUAACACAGAAACUAGAACAAAACAAUAAACUGAAUAGGGCAGAUCAAACUAGAAAUGCAUCCAACUUGCUAGAAAGGUCAUCAAAUAAUCUCCUUGACAGAAAUGAUUUGAGAAUUGAAGAUGACUUGACUUCUGCAUUGCCUUCUAAAGAGACCAGAAGGAAGGGAAGUGUGGAUUACCUAAAACAUGUAGAAAAUGAAACCAGGAAUAAAUCAGAAAACCAAAAGAAUAAAAAUCAGGAAGACAACAAAGUGAAAGAUCUCACCCAAGAAAUUGAGAAACUUAAAACUCAGAUCAAGCAUUUUGAAUCUUUAGAAGAAGAAUUGAAAAAAGUGAGAGCCAAAAACAAUGACCUGCAAGACAGUUACUUGAGUGAACAGAAUAAAAACAAACUCUUAACUGGUCAGUUAGAAGAAAUAAAAAUGCAAAUAAAGAAACAGAAAGAUCUGGAAAAUGGAGAGGUUGAAAAUGAAGAUAGCUUUUCUAGCAGGGGAAAACAUGACAGACCUAAAUACAGAGGUGUUGCAACAGAUUUAACAGCCACCAAGCACAAGCCAAGGGAGGUUUCACCUCAGCAGCGCCGGGAAAGAGUAAAGAACAGAGAUUUCUCCUUCAGUAAUGACAGCUACAGCCAUGGUGGUAAGCAGGUACCCAGUCCGAGUUUAAUGAACAGAAAAGCAGGAAAAGCAUCCAGUGUGGAUGCUGCUGCAACAGAUAUGAAAAGACUGGAAGAGAAAUCUUCAGUUUCCACUUUUUCAUCUGGUCAGAAGGAAGCCUCCAUCGUGCAGAACGAGGGGAAGAGACCAAAGGAGCAGCCAUCUGUCCUCAGUCGAUACCCUCCUGCUGCACAUGAGCAGAAAUCUUGGAAAACACCUUCUAAACCUGUUGGUGACACAGGCCUGAGAUCCAAGGCUGAAAAACCAUCUCAAACACUCCGGGGCAACUGCCAAACCAGCACUGACAUACGGGAUGACAAGUCGAGCAAAGGUGAAUUAGUGGCUUCUUUAGCUGAGAAGCUGAAAACAAGCCAGGCAGAAGUUAGUGACUUCUUGGGGGACACACUGCUCCCCAGGGGUAAUUAUUCCUCUUCCAAUGGCAUGGCAUCAGCAUACAGGUACCACCUCUCCUCCCACACAUUGGCAUCAAAUUGCAUUGGCACUAAAACAGAAGCAAUGAACACCUUUGCAGCAUCACACAAGCAGCCCUUAGAGGGAAGGGCUAAAAGAGCAAUAAUCUCCCAGGAAAGAGAAUUCACAGACAUGUCACUUGAAAACGCAAAACCUUCACCAACAAAGCGUUCACAUCACUCAAGGAGUCAAGAAGACGUUCUACAGAUUCUUACAGGUCCUGAUAAAGAAGACACAGAGCAAUCUUCAACUUCAGCAACAGAUCAUGUAAAUGCUGGCUUAAAAACAGACUCCAAAACCAUCCGGAGUAGUCAUGACAAACUUAAUUCAGAUGAAGAAACAGGAAGAAGCAAAAAAACAAACACUCAAUCAGAUUUUGAGACAAGGAAGAAAGCCAAUUCCAAGCAGUUCUCCAAUUCCAGGGGAGUUUUUAGAGCAUCUCUCUUUGAAAAUGACAAAAACACUGUACAUGAUGAAGACUCCACCAAGUGUAUAAAAGCAUCAGAUGCCAGCACUGGAGGAUUUAAAUCCAGAAGGUCAUUCAGCCCAAGAGAAGCUCUGAGAUCAAAAGCCAUCAUUAAACCUGCAAUUGUUGAAAAGGACAUGAAGGCAGUCAUGGGAGGGACUACAUCUGAGGCAGAGUCAGAAAAACAGAAGUCUAGUUUUAAAACGGUAACAAAUAAAAUGACAAGCAGCAUCACGAUCUUCCCCUCUGAGCCAACAGCUCCAAGGCCCAGUGCAGACAUAUCAGCAAAGGAGAAGCAUGUUACCACCAGCAACAUCAGAGUUGCUCUGAAUGAGCCCUCAACAAUAACUAACAAUCUCUCCCCACCCUUCGAGGUAUCAGUUAAUAGGAGUGCUCUGAAAUUAUCUGAGGCCGACAGAAUUGGAGAGGCAGCUCUGAGAGGUAGAACAGAAACAGUGGUCUCCAGAAGCAGCAUUGUAAUAAAGACUACUGAACUCUCAGAGAAGAACAGUGAGUUGCCUUCAGAGACAAUCAGCUCAAAGAGCCACGGCUCUUCAGAUGCAGUUUCGUCUGAAACAAAACAUGUGACUCUGAGAAGUUCAUGGAGAACAAGACAAGGCUUACAUUCCGUGGAGGACUCUCAAACAAAAGUAGAGAAAAAUGCAGCUUCCAGUACUGCAAACAAGUGCACGUCCUCAGUGGACCUCUCCGAAAUGGAAGGGAACAGUGCACGAACAAACUCCUUGGAGCAGACCUCAGCAAGAACCAGUGCCACAGCUAAUUCCUGGAAUGCCCCUGAACUGGGGUCCCGAAGGACCAAAAGUAACUUAAGUGCAUCAGAACUGCUAACGCGCAGGAGCUACACCAGUGAUCCUACAGUGGCUGCUACAUGGCACCAAAGUACAUUACCUGAUGAAAACAAAGAUUUUGUGCCCAGUUCCAGAAGAAAACAGUUCGGCUCUUCUGAGUACCUCUCACAAGUUGACACACCAGGGAAAAGGCCAGCCACCAAGAUGGAACUGCAGGAUGCCGAUUCCAACCCCUACCCACCACUGAGUCUCCAAUCAGAAGAACAGGGUGCCUCCCGUGCCUACCGGACAACGUCUAGGAGAUGAGUUGUACUCCCACCCAAUGAACACACAGGAUAAUGGAGCAAGAGACAGGAUCGUACCAAGCUCACAGGUGUCACACCUGUUUUUAACCUCUCCGAGGCUUCAGCCAGUCUGAAACCAGUUUUCUUAUGCGAUUUGUGAGGUACAGGAACUUUACCAGUGAUUUUUUUUUUUUUCUUCAUUGCUGAAGAGGCAGCUGCAGAGACUUUGCUCAGGGGACUCCCACUUCUCAUCUCUGUACCUGCAAUCUUAACCUUCUUCAUAAAACAGUAGAUCUGUCUCCAUAUGGAAACAUUGACUUGCCAUAGCCACUCUUUCAAACAGAAUGAUGGUACGACCUGGACAAGAGAGAACGUCUCAUUAUUCACCUGCAUUUAGACAAGAUGCAGGAAGUAUCCCUGCAACUGCAGUCCACCAGCCUGUGAAAGCUGUCCUACACAACUCCACAACUGAAAGCUUUCAGUUUCCAGUGAGAGCUCACACUUUCCUAAAUACAUAUUUGUUGGCUUGGGCUGUGGUCACCCCAGUACCUGUGUUCCUAGCAUGCUCUGUCUGUAGGCAGGAAAAAAACAUUCACUGGUUUUACACAAUAACAGGAAAGGAGAGCAGAAAAUGUUUAGAAACAGUUUCUUCCCCCAUUGCUCACUCUCUCUGCAAUAAGCUUCGUAUGACCCACUUAACCACCAGCUGAGCUCUUGCACUAAGUGAGCCACCGAGCCAAACCAACAGCAGCCACACAACAGCAAAACUUUCUCCAGGCUUGGACUAGGGUGCUCUUUUGCCCAAAACUUUGCGUCCGUCAUGCUGUACAGGCAACAGCUCUGCUGCUCACUCUAAGCCAUUGAGCUCCAAGGAACAAAGAAACAAGUACUUUUCUUCUGGCUUGAGAAGUAGAAUGUUCUUGUUCCUUCCAAAGAUGGGGGAAAACAGCAGGAUUAGACCCUAAACUGAGCUCCAAUACAGCUACUUAGGCAGCCUUUGUCUGUGCCCUUCUUCAGGAUAUGCUCCCACCCCCCCGCAUCAGCUGUGUCUGGGGACUGAGGUAUGGUCAAAGACUACAUAGGUACAGCUCCUUGUCAGUGCCCACAGGCCACUGACUGCAUCAGAGUUGGAGGAUUCAUCAAGAGGUGCUCCAAGAGGUGCUCAGGUCUUGGAACAGCGUCUGCCCUAAGCAAGGAGAUCGUACCCGGCUCACACACCGUAGCUCUACCACUCCUUCCUUUACAUUCCUCCAGGGUUGGCCCAUGGCUUUCUGGUACACAACCACCAUUGACUUCCCUCACUGGUUUCUUCUGCUUGUCAGAAACAGGUGCCCCUCUCCACAGAGGCAUGAGGAAGAUGAUACAGAAGGGAAAACCUCUACUGUUUUGGAGGUACUGGGUGAACAACUGUCAUCCAGCAGCUCCCACACCUGAGUUGCCUCCACAGUCACUCUCACAUCUUACCUUCCAGGUGAGCAGCUACCACAGCAGCGCAUGUACAGCUAUCCAUAUGUGUACAUCUAUAUGCUGCAUCACCUCCUUAUCUCUUGGAAUUAUAUGCCUCAAUUCUAAGAGGCAAAAGGAAAAAAAAAAUGGAGCUGGUUGGAAAAUAUCUAUGAACACAUAUAAGGAAAAUGUUUCAA